AUGAGUACUCGAGCGAAAAUCGAGCAUGAUCAGCUCAAAGGUGAGCUUACAGCAAUCGAUAGAGUCAGCGAACUGCCUUGGGGUAUUUUGGACAACAUCCUUGGUCGUCUACAGAUGAAGGAGGCUGUGAGAACAAGCAUCCUGUCUAGACAUUGGAGAUAUAAAUGGGUUAACCUUUCAAAGCUGCUCUUUGACGUGGUCUCUAACCGCGCUGUUUGGAAUUUUCCAAAACCAAGUGCGUCGAAUACCACAUUUUCAAUGUUCUGCUAUCUCAUUGUGGCAAUAUACACACCUUUAAGCUUUGCAACACCUUCCCAGAAAAAUUCUCCAAUCUUCAGACCUGGAUAUGUUAUCUUGCAAGAAACGUUACCAGCUUGCAUAUGGUCUUGUGAACAUCUGACCCAUUUGCAACUCCGUCAAUAUGAAUUACCACAACCUCCUUGUGCUUCUAAAGGUCGUUUCAGAAAUCUUGUCAGUCUCAAUCUUUAUGGGAAGCUUAAUGAUAUGCAGUUUCUCGAAAACUUGAUCUGCAACUGCCCUGUUCUACAGAUAUUGAUGCUUAAUGGUCUUCAAAAUUUAGCUUAUUUAAGUAUUCAGGCUCCAAAGCUAAAACAGGUAGAUCUCCAAGGAAAAUUUGGGGCUCUCAUUCUUAAAAGUUGUUCAGUCCUUGCAGAGAUCACCUUAGUCAUCACUUCAGAUGAGUUUACCAGCGUCGAAUAUCAAGAUGAAGGAAGGAUUUAA